CUUGCGCUCGAGUCGCGUCGAGUCGCCAUGGCAACAUCAGCACUCACUUCCUAAACAAAAGCCGAGACAAGAGGAAAAGACUCAUUACAACAGAUGAAACACUUUGCGUUCAUAGCUGACGACAGUUAAUGCACAACAUUUGUGCAUUAAGUGUUCAUCGCCUGUGCUUGACAAGACAAUAUAGAGAGACUCAGCAUAUGGAGUAAAAUAUCAUUCAAGGUCUUUCCAAGGAAGUCUUUCUGAGUCAUUAUGGUCCGCCUGACAGUACAUCUGAUCGCAAAAUCAAGCAAUCACUUAAAAACCUGCAGAAGUGGAUCUCUCCAGCAGUAUCUGAAGAAACUGACCCAUCUCAACUUUUCAAACAAAAGUAUAGAGGACAUUGAUGAUCUAUCGAUGUGCAGAAACCUCACAGUCCUUUACCUUUAUGACAACCAAAUAUCACAAAUCUGCAAUUUGGGGUUUGCCUCAAACCUUACACAUUUAUACAUGCAAAAUAACAAUAUCUCUUGCAUAGAGAACCUCUCAUCUCUACAUAAGCUCUCCAAACUGUUCUUGGGAGGAAACAGCAUCACUGUGGUGGAGGGAUUAGAGGAGUUGAAAAACCUAAAGGAGCUGCAUGUGGAAGGUCAGAGACUACCCCGUGGAGAAAAGCUGGUCUUUGACCCCCGUUCCAUUUCUAGCCUCUCUGAAACUCUGUGCAUUUUAAAUAUCUGCAAAAAUAACAUUGAUGAGAUAUGGGACUUGGCCCCUCUCACAAAACUAACCCAUCUUUUUGCUGCUGAUAACCAGCUACAGGACAUGCAGGAGUUGGAGACAGUGUUCAGCCAAUGGACUCAACUGCGGCUACUGGAUCUGAGUAGAAAUCCUGUGUGUCACAAACCUAAAUACAGGGACAGACUAAUAACUGUCAGCAAAAUUCUAGAGGACCUUGAUGGAAAACAAAUAAAUGAGCUGUCUAGGCAGUUUCUAAUCAACUGGAAAGCCUCAAAAGACGCAAAGAAGAAACUAGAGGAUGAAAAAGACAUCAAAGGUCAAAUCUCAAAUCCACUUACAACUGAUAUUCACAUGGGCCCCAAACAUCUCUUAGCCCAUGACCGCAGCAGCUCUCUGAGUAAGCCGUCAGAAUUUGGGAAGCCCGGCGUUACAUUUCGGACAGACCAAGUUCAAGCAGACAGCAGAGGAAGAAGGUCACGAGGGUUAAAUAUUCUAAUGCGGCGUGGCAGACUCUGAAAAUCUGAAGCCGCUGAUUUAAAACCCUUUAUCACUGUUCUUUUGUCUUUAUGAGAAUCAAUCGCUCAGCUUGUCAUCUGUGUGUGACUUUUCCUAAAGCGAGUUUUCUGCUCUGCCACUUACAUAAAAUGUGAAUUUCUGAGAAGGUCCACCAAAAUGCACUCUCUUGACAAGUCUUUUGCACUGCCUAUAGUUUGCAUCUUCAAAUUCUCCUGUUUCGUAAAUAUUUGUGUAUGUGUUUGUUUGUAAUAAAUAUACUUUGCAAAA